GUCGGUUGCUCCGGAAGUAGCCUGAAGAAGAGGCGAGAGUCGGCGGGGGCGGGGGGACCGCUUCCCCCCAAGGCGGUAGCGACCGACAGCGGCCGUCGCGGAGCUGGGAUGGCGGGGCCCGCGGGCACGGGCUGAGCCGGAGGGCGGCCCUCCCGCCCCCCGCCUCCCCUCUUCCGUCCGUCCGUCCUUCGUUCCCCGCUGGAAGCUGGCGGAGCUGGGCCGGGCCGGGGGCGCGGCGGGCCCCGCCGGCGGGAUGAUGCGCUCGCAGUGCCUGCUCGGCCUCCGGGCCUUCCUCGCCUUCGCCGCCAAGCUCUGGAGCUUCCUGCUGUACCUGCUCCGCAGUGCUCUCAGGACUGUGAUCCAGUAUCAAACCGUGCGCUAUGAUAUUCUUCCCCUUUCCAGGGUUUCGCGGGAGCGGCUUAACCAGGUGAAGAGGAAGAUCCUCGUCCUCGACCUGGAUGAGACACUGAUUCAUUCCCAUCACGAUGGGGUCCUGAGGCCCACAGUGAGGCCAGGGACUCCCCCUGACUUUAUUCUGAAGGUCGUCAUAGAUAAGCAUCCCGUCCGCUUUUUUGUACAUAAGAGGCCGCACGUGGACUUUUUUCUAGAAGUGGUGAGCCAGUGGUACGAGCUUGUGGUCUUCACAGCCAGCAUGGAAAUCUAUGGCUCCGCGGUGGCGGAUAAGCUGGAUAACAACAGGAGCAUCCUGAGGCGGAGAUACUACAGGCAGCACUGCACUUUGGAGCUGGGCAGUUACAUCAAAGAUCUUUCAGUGGUCCAUAACGAUCUGUCCAGCAUCGUCAUCUUGGACAAUUCCCCAGGAGCCUACAGGAGCCAUCCAGAUAACGCGAUCCCCAUUAAGUCAUGGUUCAGUGACCCCAGUGACACGGCGCUUCUCAACCUCCUCCCUAUGCUCGAUGCCUUGAGGUUCACAGCGGACGUCCGGUCGGUGCUCAGCCGGAACCUGCAUCAGCAUCGCCUUUGGUGACGGCGGCUCCUCCUUUCUUCAGGGUUUGGCCUCAACCUCUGCCUUAUCCCACCAUCGCGCCCCCCGUGUGCCUUGGUCGCUGGGGUUCUGACAAACGGCUUCAGACGUGGCCAGCCAGCGGGGGACGACGCCCAGGGGAACUGCACUUCGGCCUCCCCCCGCGGCCAUCUGCUGCCCUCUCCACCGCGACCGGCACCCCGGAGACUGGCAGAGACUCAGCCGGGCAAAGAGGGGGAGAGGGCCGUGCUGCUGGCGCGAGACCGGCGGCUGCGGGGGGCAAGAUGCACAAGAAAGGGGGUGACACGAGCCAGCUGCAGAGACCGACACGACAGACCUUUUGAGAGGAGGCUGUGUUUCUCAUGGGAAAGAGCACCCUCCCUCCCCAGCUUUUAUGUUCCUUUCUCUCCCCCUCCCCCAGCCCUUGGAUAAAAGAGGGGGCUGCUUCAUCCAAGAAGGACCUUUCCGAUGACUGGCAAGCCCGGCUUCCUUUUUCAAGGGUCUUGCCCCCCUCCCCCUGCAGUGGAAGCAGGUUGGCCCUUCCGCUGGAAAUUGCGUGGAGGCCCCUCGUUCCAGGAUGUCUUCGUUUUUAUUUUAUUUCUUGGACUUCUGGGGUGGGGAGGGGUCGAAUGAUGAGAUAUUAUAGCCUUGAACUGAGGUGGAAAAAAACCAAAACACCGAAA